UCUGGAUAUUUCAGCAGGGAAUCUCGCUGGAUCAGAGUCUGGCAUUCUGUAUAAUGACCCGCGUACUAGUUUUCCUAUUGCCCACAGCUGCUUGACCAUGCAAUUGGACGAAGAAGACGUUGAGUCGGGCUUUUCCUUAUCCCUUCUCCCCGGAUUUGAUCUCAACGCAACAAAAGGACAUCUUCAAGGGCUGUUUGGAGCUGCGACGAUGUCCACAAGUCAAGACUUGCGCCGGAGCUCGUCGUUUUACGAUUGGCGCGUGCCAUACGAAAUCGAUUGGAAGUCAUCUAAAGCAACGGACCUACGACCGAAAAAGUGGCCCCGCCACACCGUUUUCACACGUGCCGCAGAGCGUGCCGCAUUUUUGAAAGGAAUGACCACGCGGAAGCCGGAAAUUGACGGGGAAAUAAACGCCGAGAAGCAAAAUGAGAAGACGGCAAAAAUUCUCCAGAAAGGCGAUCCCAUGCCGACCGCACUCGCGACUACUACUUUCCACAUCGGCACUAGAGCACACGCGGCGGGGGCUUCCACUGUGUUUAUGAAUGACACGACACAGGCCGGCGCGCUCCGGGUAGUCAAGCACGGGCACUGCACGGCGCGGGUAUCGCCCGACGGAAAAUUUUCGUAUCAGCAAUGUGCCGAAGAUCAUCCGAUAACUUUCGGAGAAACUGGGCGAGAAGACGAGAAUACAGCUUUUUUCCACACGCUGCUGGAUGACGAACAAUCUCCCAGAUCUUCCCACAUGAUCGAGCUGGGCGGAGGUUCUGCCGAUGGCCCCGUGCUGCUGAAAACGUUUCCGAUUGAGCGAGCGCCAGCUUUGGCUGCUUCUCUGGAAGACAGUCUCCACUUCUGUCGCACACAACUUCUGCAUCCCGCCCAGUUCCUUGCUGCCGGGUAUGGCUCUUGUCACCGCAGUAGGACGUACGAAGACUGCGGGGAACAGCGGCACCAUGGUGGAAACUCAGCCUUUAUUGUACUUCCAAGAACGGAAGGAGGAGGGGCGUCAUCUGGUCGCGACAUUUUCACCGUCAUGCGCGUUCUCGGAUGCGGCGUCGGGCAGUUCAUUUUCGAUGAUUCUUCGAGUCAAGAAUCUUUGCCGAUAGAUACAACUGAGUAUCCAUCAACAAGAAGUUCUCCGACGCCGCCACUCUCAAGACCAACAGUUCGCGCUUACGUCCUGAUGCGACAGUACAAGCGUGCUGUGCCUUUGCGGGACCUCGUCGCGGAACUUGCGGACGGGAUAAGCAACAUUGUGUUUCGGGAAGAGACCGACGAGCAAGCCACACAGAUUGACGCCGAGGUGGCCGGAAAAACGAAAAGCGCGGCGGUGAUUCUUUUCCGUGUGGUGAACUUUCUUGCUCGGCUGAUGGCGCAAGUGCUGUCCGCGCUGCAAUUUCUUGCCGACCACAAUCGGGCGCAUUGCGAUGUUUCCAUGGGAAACGUUUUGGUGGAAGUUGCAAUGUCGAGCGAAGACGAUUCCGAAGGCGACGGGCAGGAUCACGUAAUUAUAGGCGAAAAUGCUGGUCUUCGAGGUGGUUCCAAUUUGGAAGCAGCAGCGUCCCACGUGUCGGCAAGAAUAUUAGAUGGAAGCCUCGUCCUGAAUGCUAAUGAACCUUUAGGAGACCACGUCGACGCAGGAGCGUGGGCAUGGUGUAGGCUACCAGGCAGGAGACGGGCAGGCGAUAGUGCAGAUUCUGGAGACGACCUCCAAUCGAGCCAGGUCGUGCCAUGUCUCGAAAGCCCGAGCGACCGACUUUCUUCUACACCACCUGUGGCUCCUGCAGAGGCGCCAUCCGGAGGUGCGGGGCAAUCUGCUUCAGAGGUGAUUAAGCAGCACUUUCCACGACUCGCAGUGCAUUUGAUUGACCUUGACCGCAUGGCAGCGUGUAGUUUCUACAAUCGCAAGCAGGCAGUGAGAGACAUUCACCGGGCGAGCAAAAUCUUCUUCUUCCUGUUUCACAAGCUCCUUGCGCCGCUGUUGAACCACCCGAAACUCCUUUCAGCAAGAAGCUCGGUCUUCUCUCCGCCGGUCCUGCCGCGUUACAAAGCGGAUAGAACUUUAAUACGCUUGAAGGCGAGGAGGAGGAGGAAGAUGAAGCAGAGGGACCGCGGCGCCGAGAGCAGGGCUGCCUCGAUCGGCAUCACAAUCACACCAGGCGGCGUCAGCGAGCACCCCCAUCUUGAACUGCCGCGUUUGAGUGCGCCGUUCAGAUUCUUCAUGUCCCGGAGCUUGGGCGACUUUUACCCUGAUGGAAGAGAUCCGACCCAGACCGAAAAGACGCGCACCAAAAUGCCGCAAUUCGACAUCGCGUUCUUGAGUCGCAUGCCCAUCAUUCCUGGCUUGGCUCUGUACGACUUCGGAAUCAGGCCGAGAAUCGAUCUGCGCGAGGACCAAGAAGAAGGCAAAAGUGUUGGCUCUGCUGCAAACUCUGCUGGUGGAAAUAAACGUUUGCAGUUUGCGCUCGCGGUGCACGCUGCGGGGGACCUGUUUGACGUGAUGGCGCCGCUCGGCAGAGCGGCACAGGCUUUGUUCGACACUAUCGACGACCUCGAUCACGCCAGGGAAGCACGUCAGGAGGAAGAGUUGCUGGAAGCUCGGAGGGUCCAAAUGCUGAACGCGAUGAGGCAAACAUUAGACAAGCUGAACGACCCAGCGCAACUCUUCCGGGCGCAGCGACUUUUCCGAAUUCGCCCCCCAGGGGCGACUAAAGACGAGCGUUCCGCUGCGGAAAAGGACACCAACAAGAACAGCGACGCUCGCUCGGCCCACCUCGUUCGCAACGUGGUUGUGGACUCAGGCUUGCUCGACCUCUCGUCGGCUUCGAGACCAAAUUCGGUAACUUCAAGUGUGGAGUUAAGAGCGAUGCUCGAGAGUACUGCCACCGCAUCUGGAAGCGCAACUCGUCCUCGCGUACCUUUCUACGUCGCCGCACCCCCGUGGGCAAUUGAUCACGACCCGGCGGUGAUGUCGUCUUCACCGUUGACCUCACAGGAAAAUGUUUUUGCGUCACGAGCUGCUACAACAACCUCCUCCCCGUGGCUGCACGCCGUAAUUGUGUGGCCGCAUGGUAUGGUCCAGAACUUCGGAGAUAUUCUGUACGCGCUGUGUAUCUACAAAGCUUGAAGGAGAUCGGCAACUCGGAACGACGGAAGGUUGUUUUGCAUGGUUGCCACUCUGAAUGAAUUGCAAGCAGCUUGCCCUGUUUGUGUAGGAAUGCGUAAAACAGUAAACAGUUCGGAGACGAUGACGAGCCAGGGUCCCGAAAGGUGUGCCUUUGGCUUGCUCAGUCCUGGCAGACAGAUUUGCGUGCAGUGUCAGUGAAAAAAUUCAUUACAAAGGAAGCCGUUGGUUCCAUUUUGUCCCCUUUCCACCUGGCGCUAGCAUACUGUCCAACCUCGCCAUAAGAAGAAAUCCUCCGAUGGAGAUUGUUGGGGUGAAGAUUUUGCGCCGCUUCCAAGAAGAUUUCUACAAACCAAGUGAUGCCGUAGGAAACACUGAUGAGGCAGAAACAGACGGGGAUCUCACCGCGUUUGUGAAUGAAGUGUAUCGUGACCAUAUGAACGACAAAACCUCGGAAAAAAAGCACAUUGCCCGGAAAAUUGAAAAGAUCAAAAACCACUGCAAGAAGGACCUCGACUUUUUAGAAGCAAAUAAAAGUACACGACUGGCCGCAGGCUUGCAUGGGGACGAAAAAAAGGAAGAGACUGGAAUAGAGCCCGGCGCGGUUCUGGGGACGAGGACAACCUGCGAUCGUGUGGGGUUGAUUCUGGUGCGGGACCGGUAUGUAGAGCGGGCCAUCUCGUCCUCCUCCUCUUCCACAAACGACAGCAUGAAGGACGAUACGAAGAAUCAGCGCGUCCUUGACUUCAAGGCCCUACUCCGCAUUGCGUAUGGACGAAAUCUGUUUCACGUAACGGACUCGCCACGAGAACUGGACCAGAAAUGGAAAUACCUCGCGGCCACAGUGCAAGAAGAUGGUGGAGGAGCAAGCGGUGACGACAAGAAAACUGUUGACGCAAGCUGGUCAACAAGAAAUCUGAAAAUUCCUCCGUCCGGAAUCGAUCCUGCAUCAGGCGGGUGGUAUCACUUUUUGGUGCUCUAUAUGCAAGCGGCAGUUCUUGGUAGUGUUAUUCCUGUCAGGCCCACAAGUCAUUGAUUGCAUUGCAUCAGACUCACUGCGAAAAAGUCUCGAUUUGCAGCAGACUUUUCUCCGACUCAGUCUUCAAUCAGGACCAGGGUCUGCAUGUCCUGCUCCGUAGCAGAAGAGCUCUUCGCGCGGCCUUUUUUUGCAAACUUGUGGACUCCUGAGAAGAACAUUUGGAUCUUUUGGAAUCUUUUAUACUGCGGCCGCAAGGAAUGGAGCAUCUGGAGAGGGUCCGGGAGAUCAUCGCCUCAACAGGAGAUCUCCGCAUUCUGGGCAUGCGGAGGGUCCAGUUCUUCAAACAUGGAACCAAUAAUAAGCAGGAACACGACCAGGACCAGGAGCACGACGAAGAUGUGUUAUUGCCCACCGCUUGUGCCAGCAGAGCUCGGGCCGGCAUUCUGGAGUUCAUGCAGACGAUCUACCACAAUCACAUGCUCCCGCGCAACGACGACGAGCGGUUUCACGAGUGGCGACACAUCAACCACAAAGGCAACGCGAUCGCGGACUGGGUUGAAGCGAGAAGAAGUAGUAGAGAAACGAAUGUGCAGCUCCGCCCCCAUGAUGAUCUUCACCAGGUUCCCGCACCGCUUUCCUCUUUUUGCGAGCAACAAGAAGAGGAAGCGGAAAUGAGUGAGGCGAAAAAGCAAAGCAAAGAAACUGCUCCUGAAGUAAGUAUGUCAACAAGUGGACUUAGUAAAAAUGAUAGCGCCCCUCCUGCUGGCGCUUCUCCUUCACCCCCUGCUGCUCCUUUUUUCUCCUACAAAACAUUGCUAUUCCUUCUCUUCGACCCGUCGCCGGUAAUCGGCGAAUCGCGGCGUAUUUUUGGAAAAGGAAGGAUAAACGACAACGUCGACGGGCUGAAGGGCGUGAUCAGAAAAGAGUUCGACGGGAAAAAUAAUCUGGUGCAUACCACCGAUUCGCCCGAGGAGUUUGCCACACGGUAUGAACAAGUUUUGCAAUGGACGCUAAAAUGAAUGACGAUGACGACAAAGUCGAAGGAAUCGACGAGCAGGUAAAUAACGACGAGGAAAACGACGACUAUAAAGUGAACGACCGCAUCAAAGUAAACGACGACAAAAAAUGUAAACGACGACAAAGUGAACGACGACAAAAUAAAGGAAACUACAGAAAAGUGAACGAUGACAAAGUUAACGACUACAAAGUGAACGACGACCAAGUGUAUGUGAUGUAAGUGAACGACCACAAAGUGAAUGACGAUGACGUAACCAGCGACAGGGUACACUACGACGAAGUUGUGAGGGAUGAUCUGUAGCAAAGUGGAUGUCUGUGUAGAAGUGCAGGGGGCGGAUCCGCUUGUAAUUUAUUGUCCCCGACGAAGAGGAAGAAGUCGCACGAUAUAUCGCUAUGAGUGUGAUCACCUUGGUCGAAGAUUUGGCAUUUGAAAAAUGAUCGUGUACAAUGUACUUCGUAUGUUUUUAAAGCAAUCAUGUUGACUGCUCGCGUAUGCCAGUGGUAUGUAGUGAGGUCACCGAACGGUUCUAACCGGGGAGUUUUUUUUGACACCCAG